AUGGCUGCGGCGCGGCACAUAUCCACGCUGCCCAGCCCAGAUUGGGCCGUCGAGACCCGGCACAGUGGGCGGAUACACAAAUCGCCGAGCCAGAAGAGCCCUGGCGCCUGGCGGUCCUUUUGGCUUAGCGGGGCUAAUGAGUCCGAGUGGGAUGCCGAAGAGCGGGCUCGGCGGCGGAUCCCGGACUAUUGUGCCCCACUCGUCUAUUUUUAUUCUGGCGAGCAAUUUUGGCCAGGUGAUAUCGCCGAGCACUUGUAUCACAACACCCCGACGCUGAACUACACUCCUAUCCAGUCCCAAUGGGACCAUCUGAUGCUGCGCGACUUGAAUGACUGA